CAGACCUACUAUUUAUUGGCUGGGGUGUUUGGGCAGCUCCUUUUAUCCAGACUGGGAAGCAGAGCUAAAGUGACCCCUGAAUGGCUGGAGUUGGAGGCACCUCGGGGUCCAUCUGGUCCAAGCCCUGCUCAAGCCGGGCCACCUACUGCAGGCUGCCCAUGUCUGUAAGGCUCCCGAGUGUCUCCAUGGAAGAUGUCCCCGCUGCCUAGUUGGGACCAGGGGGUUUGGCGAGGUGAGCUGCAUCCACAACGUGUACUCUGCUCACUUCUUUGUUUUUGCCAUCCUUAGGUGAGCUUUCCAUCUGCUGCUGUGCUCCCAGGGCCACCGCAUGAGCACGGCCGUGGUGGGUGAUGGCCUCGCAGCCCAGGCUGGCCCACGUCCUGCUGCUGGGCCUCGUGGCAGGCUGGCUGAGGGCUGCACAGCCCCGCGACUUCACGGUGAAGGACAUCGUCUACCUCCACCCCUCCACCACGCCAUUUCCUCACGGAUUUAAAUGUUUCACCUGCGAAAGGGCAGCAGAUAAUUACGAAUGCAACCGCUGGGCUCCAGAUGUCUAUUGUCCUAGAGGUACGAGGUACUGCUUCAGCCAACACAUGAUGAGAGUUACCGGAGAGAGUGUGUCCGUCACCAAGCGCUGCGUGCCCCUGGAGGACUGUCUGUCAACUGGAUGCACAUAUGUGAAGCACGAGGAGUACAAGAUCUGCACAUCCUGCUGCGAAGGCACCAUCUGCAACCUGCCGCUGCCCAGGAAUGCAAGUGAUGCUGUGUUCACCACCCUGUCCCCUCUCAGCAGCACCCCGGGGCUGUCAGGUCGCGCCGUGCUGACAGCAGUGUGUCUCCUGCUGGGGCUCAUGGCAUAGACCACGAUCUGGCCCCACACGUGUGCUCAGGCAGGACCCGCACUUCAGAACUGUAUCUGAAAACUGACUCUUCUUGUUAUCUGGUGAUACUGGAGAUGGAUUCAAAGAGGACUAAAACCCACUUUUUUUUUUUUUUGUUUGCUGGUUUUGGAAGAAAUUCAUGCAAGAUGUACCCAGAUUUUGGGCUUAGACUUUUCUUAAUGUCUAUCUUGUCUCCAUGAUUUUUCUUAUUUAGAAGUACCAAAUCACUGCCACCUCCUUUUACCAUCACUCACUCAUUCUGAAUGUCCUCGUUGGCAUCGUUUGUUGUUAAGAUCAUUUGUCACAGCAGUCACCCCAGUGUCCUGCUUGCCUGGUCUGGGAAAACACAUUGAAUAACACACAGGAUAAGCAACAAAGAUAAGUUGGAUAUUAGGAAACAUUUCUUUCCCAAAGAGCAGCGAGGCAGUGGCACAGCUGCCCAGGGAGUGAGGGGUCACCAUUCUUGGGGGUGUCCCAGAGCUGUGGGAUGUGGCACUGAGGGAUGUGGGCAGUGGGCAGUGGGGGGGUUGGGAUCCUCAAGAGCUUUCUGUGGUUCUUGGUUUGGUUGGGCACCAUGUAUGCAAUAUUUAUUUUUGUAUAUUGAGUAGGCUCUAAAGCAUUUAAAAGGUUCUUAAUGCUAAUAUUGCUGGGGAAAAAAGAAAGAAGUGGUUUUGCAAGUGGGUAAGCCUGUAGUAUAUAAAUUAUCAUAAGAGUAUGUAUAUUUGUGUGUGUAUAUAUAU